CGCGUUGUCGUCGCGCGCCCAUUGCCGGCGGCGAUGGCGCAGGCGGCGGACGGUCGGCGCGGCGGCGCCGCACGGCAGCGGCGAAAGACCGGGCCGGACUCGCGGUACAGCUGGGUGGUCGCCCUAGCAUGCGGCGGUGUCAACGUGUUCAUGCACGCCUCGGGCAAGGUGGUCGGCCUGCUUUUCUCCGGCAUGCUCCACGAGUUCGCCGUGAGUCGAGAGACGGCUGCGUGGCCCCUAGUUCUCAACAACACGCUGCUCAAUGUCGCAGCGCCCGCUUUCGGCUUCCUGUCUAAGUUCUUCCCUAUCCGCAACAUCAUCCUGCUGUCAUCGGCCAUCUCAUCAGUGUCCGUGGCUUUGUGCUUUUUCGUCUCCGACGUCUUCUACAUCUCUCUGCUUUUCGGCGUCAUCCACGGUGCGGCUACCUGUGGAGCCGUGCUGAUGACGCAGGUGUGCAUCAACCAGCACUUCAUCCGGAGGCGCGGAACCGCGGCUGGCGUGGUGUCGGCCAUCUCGAGCCUCAACUGCGUCAUCUUCCCGCCCCUGUACGAGUACUGGGUGAGCCACUACGACCUGCACUGGAGCUUCCUGCUCUUGGGCGCCUGCAUCCUCAAUUCCAUGGCGUUCGGCUUGCUUGUGCGCUCGCCGAGCUGGCUCAUCGUCAACCCGGUGGACUAUUCGAAACGCCGCAAGAGCAUCUUCACGCGUGCCAACGUGGCCGACAAAGGUCUGGCCAGCUGGAUUACGCACUUCAGCGAGGACAACAGCGACUCGUCCGACGAAGAAGGGCACCUGGAGGCCUCCCGCCAUCUAUCGGGCUCGGUGCGGUACUUCUUCAGCGAGGGCGGCGGCAUCUCCACCUCGGACAGCCAGCCGCAGAUGGAGAUGAUGCCCGUCGUUCACCGCUCCAGCAUCGCGCCACUGUCCGAGGAAGCGGCGCUCGAGGUGGGACCGGUGCGGCAGGCGCACCAGCUUCUCAUACGCAACCCGGACCCGCUGGUCACCAUCCCCACGGGCUACACGCUCUGCAAGCCCCUCGAGCCGGCACGCGGCGGUCACUUCCAGCUCAAGCACGAUGAGGGCGACACGAAACGCAAGUUCUGGAAGAAUGCCAAGACCUUCCUCACCGUCUCCUUCUGGCACCUCACGCUCUCGCAGUUUCUCGUUCAGUUCGGCCUUGGCGUUUUUCUACUGACCAUUAUCGACUUUGCAAACGACUGUGGCAUCGGUGCAAAGGACUCGGUGUUCUUCAUGACCUCCUUUUGCAUCGGGGACAUGCUCUCCCGUGUGGUGACGGGUUUGAUUGCCGACAGAGGAUCUGUACACUUGGAGUUCUUAGUGGCAUUAGCUUACGUUCUUCAAGGCGUUUGCUACGAGUUUAUGUGCUACAUAAAGAGUUAUCUGUACCUGCUACUAUUAACGCUCGGAAUAGGCAUCAGCCACGGCUCAAGGAUCUUUCUGCUUCCUAUUUUCCUCACGAGGAGCUUCGGACUUGGUGGGCUUUCUGUAAACCUGAGCGUGGCAACGUGCAUCUGCGGCGUCUUGGCAUUGUUGAGGCCAUUUUUAAUUGGUUACUUCAGAGACCAGCAGGGCACUUACAAGGGUCUCUACCAUCUGAUCUGCAUUGUGAACAUGGCAGUAGCCGUUACGUGGUUCAUCAAAAUGCUGCUCAUCCGUAAGAAAGAUAGAAUUCAUCUACAAGGAAUCUAAGAAACGAAGACAAUAUUUUUAACGUGUCAGCAUUGUCCCUUACGAAUUGGAUCGCUUCAAAGAAAUAUGUGUGUGAGGAACAUGUUCAGCAGAACCUUUCUUUCCUAGCGGCAUCGCACUUCACAGUUGAACUGGAAACCAAAGAAAAUACACAUGUUUUGCUGUCGGGUGACUACUGAUAAUUUAUCAGCCUGUUGACGUAGUCCAUACAAAGUACAAAUGCAGUCUCCGCUUGUGUGCCUUAAGUGCACCGGUACUAGGGUGCUUUAUUUAGCGUUAACAUUAUUUUUCCUGUUAGAGAAGCUUUCAAAGGAUGCUGCAUGAUGAGAAGAUUAUUUGCAUUUGUGAUCGAAAUAGAUAAUCAACUAAUUACCAAAAUUUAGUUUAUUACCUUUCUUCAUUUUUGUGUUUAUUGAAUACGAAAUGUUGAUAAAAUAUUAAGCGGAGCAGCAGUGCAAGUUUACCGCAAGUUUGAAGGUGCUCGCCUGAAAACUAGUGCUAGUUUCAAAGUUUGUGUUUAUCUUGAGAACUCGCUGACUGCGAUCCAUAAAUUAUCAAGUGUACCAUAAAUUAAUUACAUGGAAAGAUUAUUAAUAAAAUUUGUUAGUAUUCUUAUGAAUUUUGAUUUGUUCUCAACAAUGUUCACCUCUUCGAGUGUUCUUGAUUAAUGGGUAGGUUUGUGCUAUAUGACUAGGCGAUAUUUAAGUAUUUUAGUAACCUUACAAAUACCGACUAUAUGUAGCACUAUGCACAAAAUUAUGCUUACUUUGUUGUUCAGUGGAAGCUAGGCAUUCUCGUCCUUUUGUUGUCUGCCUGCAUUUCAGUUUUUGAAGCUGCGCUAGCUGCGUUUAUACAUGCAUUUUUACGACAUUAUGUUGCUGUAAAUCACGUUCUUGUCAGAAUUUUUUAUUUUCACUUAAUGAUGCCAGGGUCAUCACAAGGGUGAGUAGGGAUAGUCAAUGCUCUGACGGCUGCGUACUCGCAAUUGAUUGAAAGAUCUAAUAAUUAAAAUCGGAAAUGCAGCCUGCUUUUAUGAAUUACAGAUAUGAAUCACUCAUUGCAUGUAAAAUUAGAUGCAGUAAGCCUCUACAGUAAAUAUUUUUCGGGAAUCUUCUCGUAUGCUUAUCUGUUUAUUCAUCCCACUUCUGUGAAAGGACAAGCCAGUCACAAAGGGAAAAUAUUUUACUAAAUAUUUAUAUUGAAAUCUCAAGUGGCAUUUGGUGACAUUGGAAAUUAUUUUUCUGCUAUUUCCAUAAAACAAUCGUUCAUAAACAUUAUACCAGUAGAAAAUUAUGCUCCACAACAACAAGCGUGCAAUAGUGACCAUUAGUACAAAGGAAGAGUGUUGUAGAACCUUUGCGGAAUUAUAAAGAAAGCAGCCGAAAAUUCUAUUAGCAUCGGGUACUUCCGAUCAGCCAGAGAUGCCCUUUACAUGUCUCUAGCCUAACUAGCGCCUCAAUAUUGCUUAGCCUUACAGGUGUCCCGUAUGUGAAUGAAUCGCGAUGGUGUCGUCGAAUGGAACCGCAAUGCACGGGAACAGAUGUGGCACGCGAAUAUAAAGCAGUGAAAUUCGGCCGACGUCAUGUGCUGCAACUCCCCACUACACACACACAUAGUAUAGUCUAACAGAAAUACCACCAUGCAUACCGGCAAGCUGUCUGCUCAUGAGGGGGCAGGGGUAAUAGCAGAUGCAAAUAUUGCACUGAAUAUUUUCAUAGGAGCGAAAGUGCGGCACAAGUUAGCGAAAACACCAACUCCAGCAGGCUCUGCCACCAGCGCUUUUGCGCCUCGUCCAGAUCUGGCUUUAUCUCAUUUGUAGAAUUUUCAUAGCUGGCGUAAAUCACCACAUAAAACAUAAGGAAGAGCAUUAUUUGCUUGACGCCGAGGCGAAAAGCUGCAUUGGUAUCAAAAAGUGAUUAGAUACGCGCUUGAUUCUCACUAAUGCACCGUGAGAAACGAUAUCGUGCAGGUAUAUACACGGAUCGUCUACUUCAGGAGUCCGAAAAGUGUGUCUGUUUGGCGUUCGCACGUAGGGACAGCAUUGGGAAACCUGUAUUGCCUGUGUUUGACAUCUGUUAAUUGUGUUACGAACAAAUAAAAGAAAGCUGUUUCUUUCCAUGA